CUGGAAAAACAAAACCCCUAUAAAAACGUGUAUUCCAUUUCAUCUCCCUCUCUUUAUCUCUCCUGGUCGCAACCAUGGCAAGAAAGAACAAGGGUCGCCAGAGGAUCGAGAUGACAAGAAUGUCGAAAGAGAGUAACCUCCUCGUCACCUUCUCGAAGCGCCGCUCUGGCCUUUUCAAGAAGGCGAGCGAGCUCUGCACCCUCUGCGGCGCCGAAAUCGCAAUUGUUGUCUUCUCUCCCGGCAAGAAGGCCUUCUCCUUCGGCCACCCCUCCGUGGGAGCCAUUGUCGAUCGCUUCCUCUCCCGCACCCCUCCGCCACCCAGAGGUGGCUCAAGGGCCUCCAACAGACGUGAUCAGUCUCUACCGUUACCGCCACCGCCGCCAAACCCCAACUCCGCCGUACAGCUACUGGAGGCCCACCGCAACGCCGCCAUGCGUGAGCUGACCAAUCAGCUGACGGAGGCGAUGAAUCAGCUAGAAGCAGAAAAGAAGAGAGGGGAAGGUAUAAACAAGAUGAGGAGAGAGAGUAAGGAGAGGUGUUGGUGGGAUGGGCCCAUUGAUGGGCUUGGUCUGGGCCAGCUGGAGCAGUUGAAGGUUGCCAUGGAGGACUUGAAGAGGAAUGUGGGGAAGCAAGCUGAGAGGGUUAGGGUUGUUGAGGAGGAGGGUUUGAAGGCUCCGACAGCGUCGUUCUAUGCAGGCGGGACGUCGAGUUUUGUGGGUUCAGGGAGUGGUGUUGGUGGUGGAGUUGGGGUUGAUGGUGGCGGUGAUGUUAAGGUUUCUGAUGGGCUUGGGUUGUCCAUGACUCCACAUGGAUAUGCUCUUGGUUAUGGAUGUGGGUUUUUCUGAUUAGAUGGAUAGAUGGUUACAUUAUCUUCGAAAUUUUUAUUCAUCAGUACACUUUCAGUCGCACGAUCAUGUCUCGUGAUCAAUACUACGUACGUUAUAUAUGAAAUCAUCGAGAUACCAUGCGGUUUGGAAGAAGAAUGAGACGGGGUAAUGCAUUAUGUUUCUACAUAUUGUCAAAUUCGUUGCGACAUAUUUCGCAUAUCAUGUAUUCUAUUCAAAUGUUCUGAGUAGAGUCCUAUUGGAUGGUUAUGUUGAA